UUAGUUUGACUAAGUUUGACUUUGACGUUUGGAAGACUUGACUCGAACGAAAUAAGAGAUUUUAAUGUGAUACGACUUUAUUUUGUAUAAUUUUGAUGAAGUAAAUUACAUGACACGUGGAUUAAAUUUAAGUUUUACUUUUACAUUUUGGCCUAAAAAGUAAGCUAUGGCGUCUCAGGCUUUAGCCUCGUUAACGGCUACGUAUACCGAUUCUGAGGGAGAAGAAGAUAUGGAAGAUCAAACCCCGGAAAAAGAAGAACUGAAAGAAACUCAUUCAGAACCCGCAAGUCCAAAAAAAAUGGAAGAAAUUAAUAAGCCGGCCUCUGCCCCUGUAACUCCUAAACGAAGGUUAGUUUCUUACGUUGAUGAUACUGUUGUAUCCGACGAAGAACCAAUAUCACCUGGUCCGGAGAACCAAGAUGAUAUGCGGCGUCUGUCAAUGGAAACCGAUACAGACGAGGCGGUGCCGCGGUCUGAGCCUGAUGAAUGUGAAGACGGUGUGACCAUUCCACCCGAACCGCCCGGGAAAUGCCCCAAAGAGCUCCAAGACACGAUAGCAAAGUAUUAUAGUCGAAUGUUAAGUGAAGGAUAUGAUAUGAACAAAAUUAUACAAGAUAAGAAAAACUUCAGGAACCCAAGUAUUUAUGAAAAAUUAAUACAGUUUUGUGAUAUCAAUGAACUGGAUACAAACUAUCCUCCUGAAAUUUAUGAUCCUCUGAAGUGGGGAAAAGAAUCGUAUUAUGAUGAAUUAUCUCGAGUACAAAAAUUAGAGAUGGAUAGAAGGGAGAAGGAGAAAAAAGAAAAACUAGCUAAAAUUGAUUUUAUUUCUGGUGUAGCUAAAAAAUCUGAAAGCGAUGAUGAAAAAAAAAGGAAAUCCAAGUGGGAUCAAGCAGCUCCUAAUGUCUCUAACAAGCCAACUAUCAAGCAACCUGGUUUGGUACAACAACCACUUACCAGCAAUGUUACUGGAACUAAAGGGACUAUAAUUUCAGCAUUUGGGUCUUUACCUAAAAAGCCAAAAAUUUGACUGGAGACAAUUACUCAUAAAUGAGUUAUUUGACUAUGCAAUCUUCAGAUAAUAUGCAUUACCACUUGCAAAUACAAAAUAAUGUGUAGCAUUAGGUAUUAUCCAGUGGCAUGUAGCAAUGGGACAAUUUUAACUAUAAGAGACAUUAUUACAUUAAUACAAAUUCAACAUAUUAUUUGUUAUUUUUCUUGCAGCUUUAUUUCCUUUAAAAUGUUAUUUCAAAUAUAAAAUAGCAUUAUAUUAUAGGAUUAUCAAUAUUAACUGUGCGGAGAACUUGUGUGAAACUAAUCCUCUUCUAAUGCCAGUCACCCCUGUCCAGUAUGGUUCUGGCUAAUCUCUGCAACACCUGGAUCAUUUUGACAGGACUUAUAUUGGAAGGUAGCUGAUGUACUAUAACUAAGGCUUUCUCAUGUGGAAGAAGUCGCACAUUGAGGUAUUCUAAUAUUAUAGUAUAUACUUCUAAUAGAGUUGAAGAGUAUGUUUGUUUCAAUGCGCUAAUAUUCAGAACUACUAAUCUGAAUUGAAUAAUUAUUUCUGUACUAAAUAGUUCAUUUAUCGAGGAAGGUUAUAAAAUAUAUCUCUACAAUCAACAGGAGUCAAGCAGAGCGGGUGAAGCCGCCUGGCUAGUUACCAAUAAACAAAAAAAAGUCUGUUCAACACAAUAUUUAGUGAUGUUUUCCUUCACUAAAUAAUGUGUAGUCUAUGACCAUGCGUCUAAUGAAUGGGGGCUACCAUAUUAUUGCUCACUAGAGGGGGCAGUGGGAACUUCUCUUCGUUCAAUUAGUGUCGCGCCAUUGGAUGUUCAAUAUUGGCAGCUGCUGUGAGAUUGACAAAAACCUCUUAUCUUAUGUGGAGCAAAAACGGUAGCCCCCAUUCAAAUGUUGAUAUUAAACUGUCAAACACCGAGCGGUCACCGGUGACCGCAACCUAUUGUUCUUUAAUUGUGUCUUCAAUGACGGUACUAAUUAAAUGUAUUGUGCUACUGGCGCGUCACGACACGCUGCGCCACGGAAAUAUAUAUCUGCCUUUAUAAUUUUAUUUUUAUUGGUAGACAUUGAAUAAUAUGUGUAAGUUUUAAGUCUGAGUAAGGUUUUUUAAAUUAACUAAAUAUGCAGGUUAGUCAAGUGAAAUACAGAUUAAAGUUCUACUAGUUUCGAGGCACAUAGGGACACUUCCUCAUGAACAGCGCGCGCGGUCUCGCAGCCUAGGUCUAGGUACUGUGAGAGCUUUUCUCAGUAUAUUUACGUGAGUAACCCGCAAUUUUUAAGUAACUUAGUGUGUCUCAUGAUAGUUAUUAUAGAAAAAAUUAAAACUAUUUUUAACAAAAAACAUGUAUUUGGAUAGGUAUUCAUACCUAUUUGAUAUAACAGACUUUGAAUACAACGUUUAUUUUGGAACAUUAGACCAGCAAAAAAAAAAAAAUGUUUAAUAAACUGAAAUCUUGUCUCAGUGGGUUCUCAGGGGCGUGAAAUAAAGUUCGACACAUGAUUGAACUGUAAAUUGUAUAAUUGGAAUAAACUAAAUACAAAAUGAUAAAACUCAAAUAUUUCGCGGUACAAAUACGGAGCGCAGUUGCACGCGGGCGCGUGUUAUCGCAAGACGCGCAUAUUGUGGCAAUUUUGAACCGGUUUGACCACUUGCGCUCGACCGCGCAUAUGUUUAAUUGUUUAGAAAUGCUUAUCAGUGAUGGAUAGUUGCGAACUUGAAUUCGAACCAUCAAUUGAGAUAGCUAUUGAGAAUAAUGAAAUAGGAGCGUGUAGGGAGACUAUUAGUAAUUGUGAGAAUAUGGAGAUAUUAGAAGAAUCUAUACAAAAUAUUGAAGAAACUGACGGAGUGAGAUGCAGUAAAAGAACUAGACAGAUUGAUCACGAUGAAAUGUGGACAAAUAUAACGAGGCGGGGUAAACGUUUUGCCCGAACAAGCCAGGUGUCGGAUGAGAUAAGAAUACCUGAAGAUAAAAUAGAAAUUAGUAUAACUUCUGCAGACAAAAUACCAAAACAGUUUGGACUUGCCAAGUUGUUAAA